GUGGUGGCGCUGCUGUGUAACUGACAUCACGGGAAGUGCGAGAGGACCGAGAGGCGGACGUGGGAACACAAAGUUAGGUUAUAUAAUUUUAUACAGACAUUUUGUGGACGGAUUUGUUUGGGUUCUGAAUUCAGUCCUCCUCCGCUUGUCAAGCUCCUCGGGGAUGGCAGAAUCGAGCGGCAGAUAUCAGCAGUUGACCAAUGAAGAGGAGCCAGAAGAGGGAGCUCAGGUGGCUAAUGAUGCUCCACCCCCUUACAGCAGCAUCGCCUCGGAUAAUGCAGCAUAUUUUGAUUACAAAGAUGAUGCUGCAUUCCCUAAGCCUCCCUCUUACAACGUAGCCACAUCACUGCCAUCAUAUGAUGAGGCUGAGAGAAGCAAGGCAGAGGCUUCUGUUCCUCUGGUGGCAGGACGACACAGGGAACGUCUGGACACUUUUGAUGAUGUAACUCGUGCACUGGAGGAUGAGGACUUUGUGGCCAGGGAUGAUUUUGAGGACGCAGACCAGUUGCGAAUAGGCAAUGAUGGCAUUUUCAUGUUGACUUUCUUCAUGGCAUUCCUCUUCAACUGGAUCGGCUUCUUCCUGUCGUUCUGCCUCACCACCUCGGCGGCCGGCCGUUACGGUGCCAUCUCUGGCUUCGGCCUGUCCCUCAUCAAGUGGAUCCUGAUUGUCCGGUUUUCUACAUACUUUCCUGGCUAUUUUGAUGGCCAGUAUUGGCUGUGGUGGGUGUUCCUGGUUCUUGGUUUCCUGCUCUUCCUCAGGGGCUUCAUCAACUACGCCAAGAUUCGCAAAAUGGCAGACCCCUUUUCUACUCUCCCUCGAACAAGAGUUCUCUUCAUCUAUUAAAGGUUCAUGUUCUGGAGCCUUCUCUGCUUACUGGAAACUGAUCCUGGAUUCCUGGCCGGCGCUGAGCCACGGACACAGUGGGGGAUGCAUAUUUAAAGAAAAAAGAGAAAAAUAAAAACUCUUCCAUCUGUAAUCUACAAAUCUCAAAGGAAGGCCGAAGUUUUCUUUCGGCAUGAUGUAAGGGCAGUGAUUUUACCAUUUAACAACCCCCCACCCCACCUCCUGUUUUGAAUAGUGCCGCUCUGUUGGCGGUCAGCGAUAAACUCUUUCUAUGUUUCUAGUUGUAAACUUGUGGAUGCUGAAAACUCUGUAACCGUGCAAAAAUCAUUAGUGGUUUGACGUCAAGUGCGUUUUGCAAUCAAGUCCGUGAUACGUAUGUUAAUGCCUUAUGAUGUAUUUGUAAUACUGGCAUGCACUGUGCCCUGUUAACCAAUAGGGGGCAGUCUUGUUUUUCUUUUCCUUUCUUUUCUUUUUCUCUUUUUUUUUUUUUCCCCUUCGAUGACGUUUGACAUGGAAACAGCCAGUCGCUGUUGGUCACCAUUCACAAAAAGGAAAGGAUACUUGUGAAUGGUAACAUUGGAUGAAUUGAAUUUAAAGCAGCGCUUUUCUUUCUCUUUCACGCUUUCUCUCUUGCUUUCUGUCUUUCUCUCUACAUGACAUGAAAUUAAAGUUGCUCUUUUUAAAAUGUUCCAUUUGAUGUGGUUCGAGCAGUAUGUGCUUUUAUUGUCUAUAUAUUUAUUUUAAACACGAGAAAAGCCCUAUAAACCCUCCAGCAAACGGCGGAGUGCAUAUUAUGGAAUGCUUUGUACAUAUGUUCUACAGGCUUGGUAAUGAGAUUAGAGCUACUAAACUAAAAUACGCUGUAAAUACUCUUUCUUUGUUUAAGUUGAGGCCCAUAUCAUCCUUCAUCAAAGGGAUAUCUUCAGAGCACACUUUAUGAUGGGCCUGGUUAGCGGGACAGAUAAGGGCUUUUUUGGUUUUCCUUAUUUUUUAUUUAUUUUUUGUUUUUGGACAGUAUGAAGGAAUGUGCAUCAAAGCCCAUGUUUGGUUCGGUAAAGAGGACAAGCAGGAGCACACUUUUUUUUUUCCCUCCCUGCUGUGAAGAAAACCCCUGUUUUUGCCAUCAGAGCAGGUUAAACAGUUUCCUCUCAUGCCAUUCUUUCUUCAAGCAUUGUGUAAUUGAGUUCUCCUUUGAUUAGGUGAAUACACCCUCAUUCGGGACAUAUCUCCCACCUUUUUUUCAACAUGACCACCGUAGGGCCUCUUUGAUCUCCUGCGGUUUAUUCGUGCACUUUUUUUGUAUGUGUGUGCGUGACUUGUCUGCUCUUGUCACAGAGGGGGAUCAUCUGUGGAGUAGGAAGCGGCUCUUUUGUACCCUUUGUUUUCCCCAAACAACAUUGCGGACAGCCUUCGAAUGCAGAUGGAUGUACACAUGUACGUGCCUGUAAAUAAGUCAUUGCUAUUAAAGUCUCUGGUGUUGCAA